CGCGAGGGAAGGAAGGGGGCGGAGCCUCGUGUCCCAGCUGUCAGUCGCUCGCUCGGCUUCUCGGCUCCGUCGCUUCCCGGUCCGUGUGUCAAGAUGACGGCGCACAGCUUUGCGCUGCCGGUGAUCCUCUUCUCCAUCUUCUGGGGCCUCGUGGGCUUCGCGGGGCCGUGGCUCGUGCCGAAGGGGCCCAACCGUGGAGUGAUUAUUACCAUGUUGGUGACCACAGCUGUUUGCUGCUACCUCUUCUGGCUUAUAGCAAUCCUGGCCCAAGCUAACCCAUUGUUUGGACCCCAGCUGAAGAAUGAGACCAUCUGGUAUGUGCGCUUCUUGUGGGAGUGACUUGGAUGGCUACAGAUGCAACAGACUUUCUUCGGAUGCUAGAUGCAACUCACCCCUUGAUUCUUCUGUUAUAACCUCAAUACAUGUCGAACUAAACAACCCCAAAUGUCCCAAUAGCAAUAGGGCCAAAAUCCAUUUUAUACCAUGGACCAUAAUGGGACUUUCUUGGCAGAGGAGGGAAAUAUUUACAUCCUGAAAGUCCUGUAAUCCUGGUAUUAAAUCUGUGCUGAUGGAGCCCUGUUGUGUCCCCUUUGCUAAGAGACAAAGCACUUUCCUUACUCUGUAAGGGACCAUUUUAUACAAUGGACCACCCUUUUCCUAUUCUAUGUACACAGCUUACGAUGUUUUACUCCUACUGUUAAAUCAUCCAUAAUGGGACUCCCUUGGCAGAUGAGGAAAAUGUUUACUUCCUGAAAGUCCUGUUAUCAAUCCUGGUAUUAAAUCUGUGCUGAUGGAGCUCUGUUGUAUCCCCUCUGCUAAGAAACAAAGCACUUUCCUUACUCUGUAAAAAGUUGUUGUGAUCCCACUCUGUGUUUGGUCUGUAAAUGUCAAGGCUGUUGUGGCAAGGUGCACAAUGCCUCUUCCUCUUUGUUGAUUACAUGUAUAUAGCUGUUGUAAACUUGUACUGUGAAAAUAAAAUUUUAAUAUGUAA